AUGUUGGGUUCCCUCAUGCUGCUAUGGAUCUGUGUUUGCUUGUUGUGUCUCCAUCUCAAAAAUCAGAGGCCCAAGAACUUCCCACCUGGACCCACUCCCCUCCCCAUAUUCGGGACCAUAUUCAGCCUCAGUCUACAGAACCCCUUGAAGGACUUUGAAAGGUUGAGGAAACACUACGGCGAUGUCUACAGCCUGUUCAUUGGUCCCACACCGGUGGUGGUAAUCAAUGGGUUGCAAGCCAUGAAGGAGGCAUUGGUGACCAAGGGUGCUGACUUCGCUGGACGACCCCAAGACCGCAUGGUCAAUGACGUCACUGAGAGGAAAGGAGUGAUUCUGGCAGACUAUGGUCCAGCAUGGAGGGAGCACCGCCGCUUUGCUCUAAUGACACUGAAGAACUUUGGUCUGGGGAAACAAACCAUGGAAGAGAGGAUUCUGGGAGAAAUACAACACAUCAUGGAACCACUAGAAAAAAGUGUUGGUAAAACCCUGAGUCCUCGCAUUAUGUUCCAUAAUGCAGCUUCCAACAUCAUCUGCCAGGUUCUAUUUGGUACACGCUACAAAUACGAUGAUGAGUUCAUCAAGCUGAUUGUUCGUUUCUUCACUGAGAAUGCCAAGAUAAUCAACGGACCCUGGGCUACACUGUAUGAUUCUCUUCCCAUGAUCCGUCAUUUGCCGCUGCCCUUCAAGAAGGUCUUUGAGAACUAUGAGAGUUGUCAGAAACUUGCAAGUCCUCUGUUAACUGAGCACAAGAAAACCAGAGUCCCUGGAAAACCACGAGACUUAUUAGACUGCUACUUGGAUGAAUUGGAUAAGAGAGGUGAUGAGGGCUCUUCUUUUUCGGAGAGCCAGUUGAUCUCUUAUGCUCUGGACAUUUACUUUGCUGGGACUGACACAACGUCCAACACCCUGCUCACUGGCUUCCUCUACCUCAUGACCCACCCACACAUACAGGAGCGUUGCCAGCAAGAGAUAGACUGUGUGUUGGAUGGGAAGGACCAGGCCAGUUUUGAAGACAGACACAAGAUGCCCUACAUACAGGCUGUGAUCCAUGAGAUGCAGAGGAUUGCUAACACUGUUCCUCUGAGUGUCCCACACUGCACCACUAAUGAUACAGAGCUCAUGGGAUACUCUAUACCAAAGGGCACUUUGAUCAUCCCUAACCUGACCUCUGUGUUGAGCGAAGAGGGACAGUGGAAAUUCCCUCAUGAAUUUAACCCUGAAAACUUCCUCAAUGACCAGGGAGAGUUUGUCAAGCCAGAAGCCUUCUUGCCUUUCUCUGCAGGUCCUCGUAUGUGUCUUGGAGAGGGUCUGGCUCGCAUGGAACUAUUUCUCAUCUUGGUGACCCUGCUGAGAAAGUUCAAGUUCAUCUGGCCAGAGGAUGCAGGAGAGCCAGACUACACCCCUGUCUUUGGGGUCACUCUGACCCCCAAACCUUACUGCAUGAAGGUCCAACUCAGGGCCACCCAGUGAGGCAGACAGAGAUGAGGAAGCAUGAAGACGGAAACAAACAAAUACAAGAGGGCAAUAUCCCUCCUGAAUUCAGUGCAUAAUACAUUCCAUAUUUUGACAUGUAAUUGUCUCUUUAAAUUGUUCUUUGUGGAUACUGACCUUAAAUGGAUCGAAAUUAGUUGCAUUAGUAUUGCAAGAUAUCUAGAUCAAUGAGCAUCAGUGAAUUUAAUGUAAUAUGGAUAGUAUAUAGCCAAUGUACUUGUCCUAUAAAUUACUAAAGGUUUUAUCUUUUAUGAUUCUGUAAUAUACAGUGUAAAGUACUUGUAAUUUAUGAAUCACAUAGUGAUCUGGAUUAUCUAGAUGAUGUGGGAAUUUUUUGAAAAUCACUGAUUUAUUCAUGUUGAACUGUACAAGCUUGACAUAACUGAUCUAGUAAUGUUGAGACAUCUGGUCACCCUAUGUUAAAAAUAUAAUAAUUUUUGCUUUUC